UUUUCCCAGGUACUCCAGGGCACUCAGUUGGAUGGUGCAGGGAGAUCUGGCUUUGCAGUAAAGGCCCGUCUGCCAGUGAGGGAAAUGUUUGAUCAGACUGUCAGAAGCAUUUGGAACAGAAAAGACAGCACAAGACAAGCAUCAACAUAUUUCUCUUCUUGUAGUCAUUUGGGAACACACCCACUUCAGCACAGAGAAUCCCCUUUGAUGGUAGGGGGAGGAGAGCAAGUGAGGGGUUGGGAAUUGGUAGAAGAGACCGUUCCUGGGGUGGGAGCUUCCCCUGCAGCACAGGGUGUGGGGAGACUUGCAUGAGGAGUAAGAUUUACUCCCUGCUGCAGGAGCUCCUGGGACCGACUGUGUGUGGUUACCCAGUGUGUAGGCCACAAAGAAUUUGGGCCUUUUUUUAGAAAAAUUCCCUGCACUUUCAAGAUGGGCCUUACAAGAUUAGAAUGGUGGUGUUGUUUGUGAGAUCUCUUGUCUUGGGUAAGUAAACCCCAAGAAUGAACCAAACCACAGCCCUUGGGUUCCUUUUCAAGGGCUUCAGGAAAAGUUGGGCAGGAGCACAGAGGGAAUCAGCUGUCCUGCUGUGUGUGAUGGGAUUAGCACACAUGGAAGAUAAAAAAGUAGCUAAAGAGAAAAUGGAUGGUACUGCCAGCAGAACUGAAAAGCAGGAAAACAUCAGUGGAGUUUCCCUCUGAUCAGUUUGGUGAUUACUGAUAUCCUUUAUGUUUUAAUGACUUGGGUAUAAAAGUGAAAUUGUCCUGAUUACGUUUUUCAUCUGUUUUCUGCUGUGCAGAAGCCACUGACAAAAGGGCAAGGCUGGAAGAAUUCAGUACCACAUGUUUGUGCUCUAAGAUCUUGCAACUAGAUGAGGGUUUUUGUCUUGGAGGAAAAGUGGCUGUGGUCCAUCUGGUGCACUGCUCUGCUGGUGCGAUUUUGGGGACCUUUGCCUUCUGCCAGCACUGCCUUCAGCACUGAGGGCUCUCCAGAGGGCACCUCUUCUCAUGGGAAAGCAGAAACUGAGCAGCAGGACCAGCUCUGCCCCCUGGGCCCAGCAUCACCAAUUGGUCACAGAGUGUAGGGCAAGGGGGGAUGUGUCCUCAGGUGGACUGUGACAGGGAGUGACCCUGUGCUCUCUGCUGGUCCCUGGGCAGGUGGUAAGUGAUGACCAGGAUAUGCCACAAUACAGUCAGUAACACACUGCCAAUGAGGCCUGGAAAACUUCUAAUAGAGGUGAAGAGAGAGUCAGGAAGGGGAGAACCUCAUCACCUGGAGCUCCUCAGCUCUCCUGCUGCAUUUCCUGGCUGUUGUGAUGUUAAUUGUGCAACUUCCACCCCAAAUGAAUACAGGUUUUGUACUUUUAGCACCAGAGGUCUUAAGGAAAAUGGGAGGGACUUGAAUGAAAGAGACACUGAGGUUACAAGACAUUGUCAAAACUGAAGGUAGGCACAUUUUAUCCUAGGAGCCACGAAAACUGUACUGUUCUUAUGUGAACUGUUCCAUAAAGUUAUCCUGCUUCCACACUGGGAUUAGCACUGCAGAUGAGGAGUCAGCAAUGCUGCCGUGGGGUUCCUGCAAACGGUGCAGCAGAAAACUACAGCUGCGGAGCUAAAAUGGAAUAAAUGUCAGCCUCCAGGGAAAGCACCAUCCUGCGGGAAAGGAGACCACGAAAGGACAGCACAGGGGCAGGUUUCAGACCUGAGGAAGCAGAUCGAGCGGACGGCAGCACCCUGAGCUCACAGCCAGUGGGCAGAGCCAGCCAGUCACCUCCCUGCAGCCGCAGGUCUGUGCAGAAAGCUGCCAGAGCCGCGGCAGCAGAGGCGGCUCCCACUGAUGCCGGCAGAGACCAGCAAGAUUCGAGCUGCCACUCCACUGAGUGGGGACCAAAUGUGACUCAGGGCAAAAGAGCAAAAGCCUGAAAGGACAUUUGAGGGGGCUUUUGCCUGCAUUGUCUGCUGGACUGGAAAGAUGAUGGAGAGCACAGGAGGGCCGUAUCUAAACACGGCCGCAGUGACCUCCCCCGUUGGAAUAGCUCGAUUGCUGCAGAUGACCUUUGGAUGCACCACGUUCAGCCUGGUCGCCCACCAAGGCGGGUUCAGCGCUGCCUAUGGCACCUUCUGCAUGUUCGUCUGGACCUUCUGCUUCGCAAUCACCGUGUUCAUCAUCACCUGUGAGUUCACACACCUGCACAGCUGCCUGAGCCUUUCCUGGGGAAACUUCACUGCUGCUUUUGCCAUGCUGGCCACGCUCAUGUCCGUCACGGCCGCGGUGAUCUACCCGCUCUACUUCGUCCAGGUGGGCUGUUACCCCAUCGGCUGCGAGGUGAGAGAUUUCCGCAUCGCUGCCAGCGUCUUCGCAGGCCUCCUGUUUGUCGCCUACGCUGCCGAGGUGUUCCUGACCAGGGCGAAACCGGGACAAGUCACCAGCUACAUGGCCACCAUCUCCGGGCUCCUGAAAAUCGUCCAGGCCUUCGUGGCCUGCAUCAUCUUUGGGGCGCUGGUGAACGACAGCCAGUAUGGCAAACACGUGGCGACGCAGUGGUGCGUGGCUGUUUACAGCUUUUGCUUUGUGGUGACAGUGGUGGUAGUGGCCUUCAGUGUCACAGGUAAGACUGCCUUGCUGUGGUUCCCCUUUGAGCGCUCUGUGGUCAUCUACACCUUCGGGGCCGUGCUGCUCUACGUGAGCGCUGCAGUCAUCUGGCCAGUGUUCUGCUUCGACAGCAAGUACGGCUCCCCACAACGCCCCAGCCUCUGUGCCAAGGGCAAGUGCCCCUGGGACAGCCAGCUGGUGAUCGCCAUCUUCACCUACGUCAACCUGCUGCUCUACGUCCUGGACCUGGCAUAUUCCCAGCGCAUCCGCUUUGUCUCACACCUCUGAAACAGGUCAGAGCCGUCCCGGCACCGUGGAGCCGCUGUGGUUGCAGAGGGAUGGGCCAUGAAGUAGGGAGGCACCAGGCAAAACCAUCAGCCAAACUUGGAGGUGAAGACCGACUGCAUUAACAAAUUAAUGACCUGGAGCGGGUGGGCUGCAGCUGAUACCAGGCACAGCCCACCUCCCCCGUGGUUCUGCCCAACCUGCCUGGUGCCAGCACGAAGGAAUGACGCAGCUCCACGUGCAUCUGCAGACAGCAGGAAUGCUUGCAGCCAGGGCUGCAGGCUACUGGAUUACUGAUCCAAAUAUUAGGAAAGGAUUUUGAAAGUGCUACCAGCACUUAACGGGAACGAACUGACUACCCAGGAACUCGGAAAGUUAAAAGCUGCAUCAAGGAACACCAGUCCUGGAGAUGAAAACCAAUCCCUUGGAGUUUGGGUUAGUUUGGGCAGUGUGGUGAGACAUGGAAUGCCUGCAAGUGUGGGCAGUUCCAGUUGGGCCAUUUCUGAGAAGAACAUCAUAGCUGUAAUAGUAUUUUGAAGGUUACCAGUCCUUUCCCUUCCUCUCCUUCGCUGUCUAGCACAGAAAAGGAGUAAACUCAAGCAUGUACCUUGGAGGAGGCCUGAGUAUUAUUUAGCCAACACUAAAUGACUACAGAAAAGAAAAUUUGCAAAGCUGGGUCUCUGCUGCUGAGAAUCAAGGUGCAGAGCAGAGCCAACCUGCAGAGUGACUGUGUGUGACCUGCUGUCCUUGCUCGAGCAGUGCAGAAGGUACCUCAGCACAGGCUCUGUAUUGGUUUAUGGGCCGCUGUUUCUUUAUACUGAUGUUGAGAUUUUUUUUUCUGAAAGCUUAAGGAUAAAUUCUGGGGAGAUAGGAAAAGGAAGGCAGAGAUUAAUUGAUCUCACAGUGCUGCACAAGAGACCAGACUGGGUGGGGAGGGGGCAUGGACAGGACAGGACAGGACAGAAUUUGCACACAGUGGUAACAGACUGGGAGCUCUGCCCCAGAGCAGCUCAGGUGCAGGAUUCCUGAGCCCUCUGCAUUACUGAGGAGCCACAUGUCUUGGACCCAUCCCUGACAAAACACCCACUUUUAAGUCCCACACUGCUCAGCUCAGAUUUCAGGCUCAAUAGGAAUCUUCAUUUGUUCCAGGGAGAGGCCAGAAUGUCCGAGUGCUUGUGCAGCACAUGCAGACUCAGUGCUUUGAUUAAAAUCUCCAGUAGCUGCCUGUGAGAAGCAAGAUUUAUUUUUUAACCAAAUUAAAAUAAAGCUGAAUGGCAGAUGUACACAUACAUCUCCUGAGAUCUGUGUGCUGUCACCCUGCUCUCCACACUUGAUUGCAGCAGAUACAGCCCCUCUGCUUUCUGCCCAAAAGCAGAGCUCAGUUUAUUUUGAUGUAUGAAGGCUGAACACAGAAUCAAAAAAGUACAGACACGGGACAGCUGAGACCUCUGAGUGGAUUCUUUGCAGCAGAGUCACUCAGGAAAAAGGAAGAAAACUACUUUUCAUCAGUGCUUUGUGCAGGGUUUGAAAAGCAAAGAGGAAACUUGUUGGGUCAGAUUGUGUGGGAUAAUUCUGUACUGAGCAAGGACCAGCCCUUAGCAGCAGGGAGCAUUAGCCAGGAAACAGGGCAAGAAUUGGGAUCCAGUGAAAAGGGAAUGCAUGGAAGAGCCUUCCAAGGGGGUUUUCUCUUCUGCAAGUCCCCAUGAAGGGCAGGCAAUCUGGAAGAUGUGGUCCAACAAGAGGCUACCAAGGCAAGACCCAAGACUAUCUGCUAUAGAUAUAAAUCAGGAGCUUUAUUUCUUGCCACCCAAAAGACUUACAGGUUGUACAAGUACAAAAUGCUGAUUUGGGAAAGGAAAUCCACUUGUGUUGGAGGUGGCAGUUUACAAACAGCCACUGAACACUAAGGGACCUCGAGCAUUUAUGAUGUAUUCCUGUUAAAACCACCAAUGUGAACAAAUUAAGCUCUGUCACACUUGAAAAUGACUUGUUUUUUGUUAUUACAGAGCACUAAAAACCGAACAGGUGCCUGUGAAGCACCAUGGCUUCUGUUAUAAAAUUCAACCCUGCAAGUCCAGGCAGGUUGCUUGAGGAAAGCCCUGUCCUGCAGGCUCUGCUGUGGCUCUGGGAGGCUGGGAGGGCCAGGGAGAGGGUCCCCAGCGGCAAGUGCCUGCAGGCUGGGGGUGCCUGGCCCCAGAUGUGACAUUGCCAUCGGGCAAUGGAAACCCCCUCGGCUGGUAGCUGUGGUUCAGCCAGGCACUGCUGGCUUCUUGCUGGGAAGAUUUUGCACCAAGUAGGAGCAGGAACAGCAACAUGAUAAAAUCUGACAAUGACAUGGAGUUGAUGUAACCUACACUGAGCCAGGGACAAAGAAAGGCCAGAGAGAAACAGGUACGUGCGAAACAAUGGAGGUAAAAUUGAGUGCCUUCACAAUGAGGAGAAAAUUUAACAUGGAAAUCAUGAUCCCACUGACUGGAGGAGUGAAAGACAAGUCAUUGCCAAGAACAGCGUGUUCAGAUUUAGCUUUCUCAUCUGCCAGCCAAAGACUAAGCAAAAAAUGUGAGCAUGGUCAAAAUGGCAAAAAAAGAUUGUGUGGACAACAAUCCUUUAUUUUAGGAGAAAAAAAAUAAUAAAAAAAAUCAAAACCUCA